AUGGCGAACAGUGAAGACAGUAAUCAGGAGCCUAUUCGAGAUCUUACCGCAAUCGGAGACGAGCUGUACGCCCUUGUUGUAGAUCAGGAUGACCUGGAAACCCUCGACCUAGCUAUUGGUCAUUACAACGCCGCCCUCACUGAAGACUUACCUGAUUCUCAACGCAGCAGGAGCGACCAGCUUUUGAAGCUAGGAACUGCAUUCUCUCGGCGCUUUGAUUUCGCUGGCGAUAUUGAUGAAUUGGAUAUCGCCCUCAAAUGUCACCGUGUGGCCGUUGACCUUCAAGCGCCGGACAGUCCUGAUGUCCUGAUCAUGCACGCCAAGUAUGCUCAAAUGCUCAUGAAGCGCUUUGAGCUACUUUUCAGCCAAUCAGACCUUGAUCUUGCAAUUGAGGAAUAUGCUUGCAUCUCCGAUCAAAACGAUCCAACUCACAAAGAAUGGCCAGUUGCCCUCGCUGAUGCGCUGGUCACUCGCUUUUCACACCGGGGGAGUAUUACGGAUCUUAACCAAGCCAUCCAUCUGUACCAGGCGGUAGUCAACUUCUAUCCCUCCAAUCCACCUACUUCUGUGCUCGGGAAUUUAUCCCUCGCGCAUUAUUAUCGCUACCAACAGGAAGGUGAUGUUGCCGAUCUCACGUCAUCCAUUGCCUACUCCACAGAAGCUCUUGAUAAGAUAUCUCCCGAAGAUCAAAACCGCUCUGUCCUGCUCAAUAAUGUUGCGAACGGCUUACUUUUUCGCUUCAAAAAACUCGGAAGCACCGAUGACUUGGAACAGGCCAUCAAGCUCUAUAGUUCUGUUCUUGAGCUAUGCCAAGCGGGUAACCGAGGGCGUCUUCAUGCCCUCAGUAAUCUCGCGAGUGCAAUCAUGACCCGCUACGAACUGCAAGCGUCCCUCACGGACCUUGAAAUCUCCAUGGGUUACUUCCGCGAAGCCCUCGAAAUCUGCCCCAGAAACAAUCCAGACCAUUCUAUAUUACUCGAUAACCUUGCAACCACCCUCCGCAAGCGCUUUCAACACUCCGGUGACAUAGUUGACUUGGAAACAGCUAUCGAACAUCAUUAUGAAGCGCUACGUUUCUUGCCAUCAUCUCACCCCCAUCGCUCUGACACACUGUGCUUACUUGGAAAUGCUCUCCAGUCCCGGUUCUUGUUUCAGGGUGAUUCUGACGAUCUGGAUGCAGCUGUAAACCACUACAGCGAGGCUCUAGACCUGCGACCUCCAUCACAUCCAGAACGCCCUGAUUUGUUAAACAACCUUGCCAACGUCGCUUGCAAAUUAUUUACUGAACGUGGAAACCCAUUCCAUCUCAACCUAUCCAUCGACUCCUACUCUGAAGCGCUCCUAUUUAGCCCAGAAGGGUAUCGUCGGUCAUUGUUGUUCCACAAUUUCGCUUCAUCUCUUACGAUGCGUUUCGUAUACCACAAUGACCCCAAAGACCUGGAUCGGGCAUUGAAGCUUGGCGCUUCUGCCUUGGAACUACGUGAAAGAGGCGACGAAUAUAGAGUCUCCUCUCUCGUGGUGCUAGCGAAUGCAAAUGGUCUCAAGUAUGAACUCGAAGGUGAUCCCACCAUACUCCAAGCUGCAUUCCAGCAUCUCGACGAGGCACAUGGUAUCUGCACACCUGGCCACCCGUACCUUCUCGACAUCUGGGAAGAAUAUUCUCGUACCCACCUUCAUGCCUACUCCAAGGCACCGCAAUCUGUAGACCAUUUGGAGGAAGCAUUUCGGUAUUUUAGGCUUGCAUCCUCUCACAUAUCCGGGGGCUCGCUUCCAAAAUUCCGCAUUGCAUUACGAUGGGUGAAAGAAGCAGAGGUGCACCAUCACUCAUCCGCAUUGGAUGCCCACCAGACUGCCUUGAGCAUUCUCGACCGCCACGUCACGACGAAGCCAUCCGUGGAAUCACGACAUCGCACAGUCCGUGAAUAUGCAGCCUCUUUGGCUGUAGACGCUGCAUCUUGCGCCCUCAGACAUGGGCAGGUCGCACUCGCCGUGGAGAUGCUGGAGCACGGACGAGGGCUUUUAUGGGUGUACCUUGCGCGUUUUCGGACGCCGCUGGAUGACUUGCAGAGCGCCGGCGAACAUGGAUGUCAACUAGCUGCCGAAUUUAGGAGGCUGAGCCCCCUUCUAGAAGACGCAGCAUGUGAUGCCGUGACUGAAGAGAGGUUGCAGAACUACCGACGUCUCCUUAGGGAAUGGGACGGAGUGGUAGAUCAGAUUCGGCUCGUAGACGGGUUCGGCGAUUUUCUUCUCGCAGCGAGUUUUUCCAAGCUCAAGGAAGCUGCCAAGAAUGGGCCAGUGAUCAUUACCAAUGCGAGCCGAUAUUCUUGCGAUGCAAUAAUCGUCCAUCAUGACCAUGACCCAAUCCAUAUCCCCCUGACCGACAUCAACACAUCUGAUAUUCUGCGACUGUCUUCCCAGUUCAGGGUGUUUAUUAUGAAUCCUUCAAUUCGCGGCGGAGAACGUUCCAGGGAAAAACAGCUGACAGAGUUACUUCGUCGAAUAUGGGACGCUAUCGUCCUUCCUGUGGUCAGAAGACUAGAAUCCUCUCUUCACCUCCCCAAAGGCUCGAGGAUAUGGUGGUGUCCCACUGGUCAUUUCAACAGUAUCCCGCUCCAUGCGGCAGCGCCGUUCCGGAAAGGUGAGAAGGGUCUGCCCAAUCUCUACAUCUCAUCAUACACCCCAACACUUUCUGCCCUCCUGCGGUGCCAAAAACCACGUCACGCCCCUAACGACAAGAACCCGCCACAGUUUCUGGCGAUAGGACAGGCAGAACCUGCAGGUGGUUUUGCACAGCUCGAGACUGUCGAUCGAGAACUCGAUUCAAUUCAGAGAAUCUUAUCACCGGCCAUACCAAUGACACGGAUGACUGGUGAAAACGCAACCCGCGCGCAGUCCCUCCACGCUAUUCAUUCAAGUUCCUGGGUUCACCUUGCAUGCCACGGGAAGCAAGACGCGGCCCGCCCUCUCAAAUCCUGCUUUGCCAUGAGUGACGGUCCUCUGACCCUCUUGGACAUUGUUCGCGCACCAGCAGAUUCCGUGCAGCGCUCGGAAUUUGCGUUCCUGUCAGCGUGCCACACAGCUGCCGGGGAUCGUACAGCUCCAGAUGAAGUCGUACAUCUUGCCGCUGCGAUGCAGUUUGCUGGCUUUAGGGGAGUUGUUGGAACCAUGUGGGCUGUGGAUGACGCUGUCGUGGUCAAUAUGGUCUCGGCGUUUUACGAGGCCCUCCUCGAAAAAUCACCAGACGGACUGAAUGCUGAGCAUGCAGCAGUGGCUUUGAAUGCAGCCGCAAAGAAAGUGGAUAAAACUGUUGUUCCACUGGAACAAAGGAUUGUGUUCAUCCAUAUCGGAACGUGA